AUGGCGACUGACGCCUACCAUUCUCCUCAUGCUGCUGUCCCUCCGUCUGUGCAACCUAUGACUCCAUCCGCGAGGACAAUUCUUAAAAUGUUUGGCGAAUAUCAGAGCAACGAAGUUAUCAAGGAACACUAUAAUUUCACUGGCAAACUGGAGAAUAGAAACAAAGAGGGCUUAAAACCAGAGUCCAUUGUGUUUUUGCUGGUCUGUCUGCUUAUUGUGAUUGAGAAUGCUAUUGUUCUGAUUGCAUUAUGGAGAAAUAAGAAGUUCCACGUUCCCAUGUAUUACUUACUGGGAAAUCUGACUCUGUCCGACCUGCUGGCAGGCUUUACUUACAUGGUCAACAUCAUCACAUCGGGCGCCAAUACUUUAAAAAUGACCCCUGUACUUUGGUUUUUAAGAGAAGGUGGGGUCUUCAUAAUGCUUGCUGCUUCUGUUAUCAGCCUGCUCGCCAUCGCAAUCGAACGCCACGUAACCAUGGUGAGGAUGAAGCCGUACCAAGGAGACAAGCAAGGCCGAAUGUUUGCUUUGAUUGGAGCAAGCUGGGUGCUGUCAAUUUUCCUCGGAGUUCUUCCCAUACUUGGCUGGAACUGUAUCGGGAGACUAGACCAGUGCUCCACAGUUCUACCGCUUUUUGCCAAAAGUUACAUUCUCUUUGAUGUAACAGUUUUUACAGCUAUAUUAAUGUCGAUUGUGGUUUUGUACGUGAGAAUCUUUCGCAUUGUCAAGACCAACACGCAACGUCUCGGCUCCGGUCCCCAAAGAAAAGGCCUGUACCGCAAGUCCCAAAAGUACAUGGCACUACUCAAGACGGUGACGAUCGUUUUGGGGGUUUUCAUCGCGUGUUGGUCGCCUCUCUUCAUUCUGCUUCUGCUGGACUUUUUCUGUCCGAUCAAAAGUUGCCAAGUGCUCUUCAAAGCGGACUAUUUCCUGGGAGCCGCCAUGUUCAACUCGCUCCUCAACCCGAUUAUUUACACACUGACCAGCAAAGACAUGAGACGGGCCAUUUUGAGGUUGCUCUGCAGACACUGCCUGAUGACCAAAGACGGACAAGUGAAGAAGAUCGGCAUCCCCUUUCUGGAAUGUAGCACCAGUAAAGCAGAUGCAGCCUCUCACCGGUUAGAAGGCUUGGAGACCACUGUGUCCUCUGGGAACUUCACACCGUCCACCAUUAAAGCCAUCUACCCCAGGAUAACCAAAUCAUGA